UGAAUUCAGUUCUGAGAAAAAAAAUAAACGGGAGAGUAAUGAGCGAAGCUUUGAAGAAGGAUUACCAGAUUUGCGAAGAGAUCGGCCGGGGGAGAUUCGCCACCGUUUUCCGGUGCGUCUCUGCGAUAUCCGGCGACUCCUUCGCCGUCAAAUCGAUCGAUAAGAGGCUCUUGGCCGACGAUUCUAUCGACAGGCAAUGCCUCGAGCUGGAGGUGAAGAUCGCUCGCCUCGUAGACGGAAACCCUAACGUCGCCCAGAUCUUCGACGUCUACGAAGACGAGUUUUAUUUGCACAUGGUUUUCGAGCUCUGCGACGCGCCUGACCUCUACCAGCGUGUCUCUGCCGGAGUCUUUACCGAGGCCGAAGCCCUCGCCGUCCUAUCGCCGCUGAUGCACGCCGUCGCUCACUGCCACCGUCGCGGCGUCGCGCACCGCGACAUCAAGCCGGACAAUAUACUGUUCGACGGCCGGAAUCGGUUGAAGCUCGCUGAUUUUGGUUCGGCGGAGUUGUUCAGGGAAGGCGAGUUGAUGAGUGGUAUAGUCGGGACGCCGUACUACGUGGCGCCUGAGGUGUUGUUGGGGAGGGAUUACAGCGAGAAGGUUGAUGUGUGGAGCGUAGGCGUGAUUUUGUACAUAAUGUUGUCCGGAUUGCCUCCGUUUUACGGCGAUUCCGUGCCAGAGAUAUUCGAAGCGGUUCUUCGUGCGAAUCUCCGGUUUCCGUCUAGGCUUUUUCACUCUGUCUCCCCGGCGGCGAAAGAUCUCUUGCGGAGAAUGCUUUGUAAAGACGUUUCGAAAAGAUUCUCGGCCGAGCAAGUGCUAAGGCAUCCAUGGAUGACCACGGGCGUGGAAACCAGAUGAGCGACCGAUCUAAUUUGAAUAUUUUGAGCAUAAUCGAAUAUGAUACAAGACACGAAAAGCAAAAUUAGCAUUUCCCUGAAGAACUCUGUAAAGGCGUGGUUCUAUGUAUGUACAUGUAAACACACCCCCAUGAUCGAUUGGUGUGGUGCUAGUAGUGCCUAGAGGUUUUGGUUUCUCUGAAGCACACUGGGGAGAGAGAGAGAGAGAGAGAGAGGUAGUUGCAGUAGAGUAGUAAAUGGAAAGAGAGUGCGGUGCAGCCAGCAGUAGCAGCAGAUGAAGAUGAUGAUGGUUGAAUGCUUUUGUUUUUGUGUUUUUGAAUGGAUAUUAUGAGAGAGAGAGAGAUUAUAAUAUGGUUUCUGAGCAUGGAUCUAUUUUAUCUGAUGCGUGAAUAUUUUGAUGUAAUCUCGUAUAUACUCUGUUAUCCUUGUGGAGAAAUAGUAUUCAAAUUUGCGA